AUGAUUUGCAGAACAUGUAUGCGGCGAGCCACGGCUCUGCCCCGUCUCCAGCCCAGCGCCGGCGCCCUCCUCGUCAGACCUUUCUCCCUCUCAGCGCGGACAAGAAACGCCGCCGCUGGCACCUCUGCCGCUCCCGAUGCUGCGCCAGCACCCCCCGCCAACCCGGAGGCCCCCCCGAAGCUGUCCAACAUCAAAGACGACACCGUCAAGACGCCCGCGAAGCCAGUGUCCUCCUGCCCCGCCGGCACCAUCCUCAACGGCCUGAACUACACAAAGGGCAAGACGGAUCCCGUUGCCCUGCCUGAUGAGGAGUACCCCGACUGGUUGUGGACAUGCCUCGAGACCAAGAAGGAGACCACAGAGUCUGCGGAUGAUCUCGCCGCCGAGAUGUUCUCCAAAUCCAAGAAGCAACGUAAGCUUGCUGCCAAGCGCCAAAAGGCCAUCGAAGCCAAGCUCCUCGCCUCCGGUGAUACGGAGGCCCUCGCUCCCAAGAUCCCCAUGCCGCAGCAGUCCAUCAACUUGCCCGGAGAAAAGGGCAAGGACGUUACGCACAACCUGCAAGCCCUGGAGAAGAGAGAAGACCUGCGCAAGGCGAUGCGCAAGGAGCGCAAGGCCAAGAUUAAGGAGACUAACUACCUCAAGUCUAUGUAA